AGAUGGCGGUGCAGGUGGUGCAGGUAGUACAGGUGGUUCAUCUCGAGUCUGACGCUUUCCUUGUUUGUCUCAAACACACUUUAAGCACAGAGAAAGAGGAAGUGAUGGGGCUGUGCAUAGGCGAGUUGAACGAUGAUCCAAGGAGUGACUCCAAAUUUGCAUGUACUGGAACUGAAAUGCGCACAGUUGCUGAAAAGGUUGAUGCCAUCAGAAUUGUUCACAUUCAUUCUGUCAUCAUCUUACGACGUUCUGGUAAGAGUAAGGAUCGAGUAAAAAUUUCUUCAGAGCAGCUGUCUGCAGCUUCAACAGAGGCAGAGAGGUUGGCUGAACUGACAGGCCGCCCCAUUAGAGUUGUAGGCUGGUAUCAUUCCCAUCCUCAUAUAAUUGUUUGGCCUUCACAUGUUGAUGUUCGCACACAAGCCAUGUGCCAGAUGAUAGAUCAAGAAGGACUUAUUUUUUCCUGUUUCAUAGAAGAUAAGAACACAAAGACUGGCUGGGUACUCUACACUUGCUUCCAAUCCAUAUAGGCCCAAAAGAGUUCAGAGUAUAAGAGAAUUGAAAUCCCAAUCCAUAUUGUACCUCAUGUCACUAUUGGGAAAGUGUGCCUUGAAUCAGCAGUACAGCUGCCCAAGAUCCUGUGCCAGGAGGAGCAGGAUAUGUAUAGGAGGAUCCACAGCCUUACACAUCUGGACUCAGUAACCAAGAUACAUAAUGGCUCAGUGUUUACCAAGAAUCUGUGCAGUCAGAUGUCAGCAGUCAGUGGGCCUCUCCUACAGUGGCUGGAGGACAGACUGGAGCAAAACCAACAGCAUUUGCAGGAAUUGCAACAAGAAAAGGAAGCGCUUAUGCAAGAACUUUCUUCUCUAGAAUAAAGUAGGAGACAAAAUGGGGAAAGAUGAAAAUAUCCAGUGUAAAGUUACUUAAGCUAAAUCAAUUUUGAAGAAGAAAAACUUGGAGGACUCAUAUCACCUGACUUCAAGACUUACUAUAAAGCUGUAGUAAUCAAGAUAGAUGGUAUUGGCAGAGGAACAGACACAUAGAUCAAUGGAACAGAUGAGAGAACCCAGAAAUAAACCCACAUAAAUAUGCUCAACUGAUUGUGAAAAAGUGCAAAAGCAAUUCAAUGGAGGAAGAAUAGCCUUUCUGACAAAUUAUGCUGGAGCAAUUAGACACC